AUGGAUGAAAGUUCUCAUGUUUUUUUAAUCAAAGACAAAAUUCGUUGUAUUCAAAAAAAGAUUAUGGAUCAAUUAGCUGCUGAUCUAAAUAGUGCAUUAAAUGAUGCAAAUAUAUUAACAUCAUCAUUAUCAAAUGUUCCAAUAACAUCAUCAGCAACAACAUCAAAAAUCAAACGACGACGAAAACGUCCAAUUAAUAAUGAUAUGCAACAAUAUAAAAUUGAAGCAUCAGAUAGUACAACACCAGAAAAUAGUCAAAGUCGAAAUAAACAAUCGAUUGUUAGUGAUAGUGAUGAUAUGCCAAUGCCAUCUAAAACUCAAUCAUCAUCAUUAGCUACGGCAUCAGAAUCUGAUUCAGCUUUACAAGCUGAUGAAAUACGACGACGUCGUCGUCCAUUUAAAAAGCCAAUUAUUCCACCUACAUCAACAUCUAUAUUAAAAACGGAACAAUCUAUUCAGUUGACACGUUGUCCAAGUGUAAAAAUAUCUCAUACAGCAACAAUAAGUACACCUUUACGUCGUCGACGACGUAAUUGUCGAAGUGAAAGUAGUUCUCGAAUACUUGAUAUUGAUAGAAAUACAACAACACCAUCUUCAUCAUCAGCAGCAGCAUUUUCAUUAGCUAUGAACCAUUCGAAUUAUAUUGGUAAACGUAAACGAUCACGUACAAUAGUUCAAGAUGAUUUUCGUAUACGUAAUAAUAGUCUACAUGAUUAUGAUAUGACAUGUAUAGAUGAUCCUAAUUUAACAAAUUUCAGUAGUAGUAGUAGUUUGAAUUUAAGUGACAGUGAUAAAGAUCCAUGUUUGACAAGUAAUGAAGCUGAUGAUGAACAAUCCGAUUGGCCAAGAGAUGAAAGUAGUAUACCACGUGUUAUAUCAUGGUGGGAAGAUAAUGACGAUGAUAAAUCAGACAAUGAUGAUGAUGAUGAUAAUAAUAAUGAUGAAAAGAUGUUAACAACAACUGACGGAACUUUACAAAAAAUUGUUAAUGGUGCACUUAGUAUGAUGUUAACGAAUUCAAAAAAUACAAUACAAAAUCGAAUUAAAUCCUAUGUCGAUCGAGAAAUGUUAACAGGAAAUCGAAGAAAUCUUGGCAUGAAAAAUGCUUAUACACAUCCUCAUUUAAAACGUCAUAUUCGUUUAUUAAAAGAAUCUCGUCGUUCUCAUCAUAAUAGUUAUAAUCAUAAGCGAGUUAAAAGUGAUCAUCAUAAACAUAAUGAAAUUAUUGCACCAAUUGAUGCAACUAAUAUUGGUCAUCAAUUAUUAGAAAAAAUUGGUUGGACACCUGGUAAUGGUCUCGGUGUUAAUCAAAAUGGUAUUACAGCACCCGUACAAAUUGACUAUCGUAAUUAUCGACAAGGUUUAGGUUAUGAAAAUACUUCAGUAGAUAUAACCGAACGUAUGGAAAGUGAACAAUCAUCAUCUUUAACUAGUCAUCCUCCUCCUCCUCCUCCGCCUCAUGUAUAA